CGGACCACUUCCGUUGUACUUCCGGGUUUGGGGCUCAUGUCUGUUUUUCGAACUCCGUUCCAACUUUUGUUCUGCCUGAGACAAUGAAGCGAUGAAGUGCAAAUGAAGUCUCAGAUAAAGUAGACCUUCACGACGUCGCCGAGCUGCGGCGUCUCUCGCCACAAACACAAUACGAUUAUCAUCAUCAUGUGCUCAGCGGAACAAUUUGAAUUUCAACUUCACUUCUUGUGCUUCUUUUGCAGGGACCUUGUUGUUUACGAUGCAGCUUAGUUGCCUUCCUGGACAGUUAACCAGUCGCCGCAUGUAGCUAGUUAACACCCGUUAUGCCGCGGAAGAAGCGAGCCCGUCCGAAAGGGAGAGAAGAAGAGGAUGAGAGGGAUGUUCCUCAGAAGCGACGGCAUGAUGAUGAUGAUGAUGCUGAUGAUGCGGAGGAUCAGACGGUGUUCAUUGGCGACAGCGAAGAGGAGGAAGAAGAGAAGUCCAGGGACAGGAAGCCUGGGAUGCUGGACAGGGACUAUAGAGCCCAGGGACCAGAGAUGACAGAAGAGGAGAUGUUUAACUUGGCCAUGAAGCUGAGUGAAGAGGAGGCAAAAAACACCGCAAUGCAGCAACAGCAGGAAGACGAAGCCAUAAAGAUAGCCAUUGCUGAAAGUCUCCACGCAAAUGGGAUUCAACCUGACAACCGCGUUCCCAAGUUGGUCGCCUUGACAAUGGGCCCAGGGUCAGUGCUGUCAUCUGAUCAUGAGUCCUUCCCAGUACCUGAGAGCUCUGUGUUUCCUGCCAGGAAGAAGUCAUUGCGUUUCAACCAAAGCAAGACUCUCCAGUGUUCUUCUCACAGGGACAGUGUCACUACGGUUAGCACUCGUAAAAAGAAACAGCCAAACAGUGCUCUAACUCAGAGAUCAGAAUUGCAUCUGGCUGGACAAGCGGCUUCCUCUUUGUCCUCAGCAGUCUCUGAGAAGGAGAAGAGUUUUUCCCAGAAAAAAGAUCCCAGGUCACAGUCCCCACAUCAGGAUGUUCAGGAUGCUUCCAGCUGUCAGUCACAGUUGGAAGGCAACAUCUUUGGCCCCAUGAGGACAAGCCCUCCCCACAGACCUAUCAUCUGCAUUGCAAAGCUGAGUCAAGACCUAGUGGAAGACUGCCAGGCCACAGGGUAUAUCUUGUGCUCUCAGAAGCUAUCUGGGUGCUUGGAAAGCUCACAGACACCAACGUUAUCCCAGCAGGACAGUCCUAGUCCCUCAGAGAGUCCGACAUUCCCCAGGAUGGAUUUGAGAAAGGAUCACGAAGUGGCCAAGUCUGAAUCGGAAGGGGUUUCACAGGAAUAUCUGUGUCUGGAGACCAUAGAUGACUCUGAGUCCCUGUUGUCUCGCGUGAAAACGCUGUCUUUGAGUCGGAGACAGAUACUCAAAGAGCAGACACCUGGAGGGAAAAAUUCUUCUGGCCAGCAGGUCCAUGCUGGUUUCUUCCAGGGGGGCGAGGAAGUUCAUCACCGAACAAAUGUACAUGGCCAUACUGGGGAGGAGCCAUUUCAUCCACUGACAGAUGAAAAUGACGAAUUCUGCACCCAGAUGGAGCUGCACUGGUCGGAUGAUGAUGAUGAUGACGAAGAGGAGGGAAAAGCUCUGGUGAAGAACACCCAUAGGAAGUUAAAAACAUAUUUAAUCCGCGGUCAGGGGUCCCAAAGCGCUGGCACUGGAGUGAGCUGCUCCUCAGAUCUGGAUCUGCCCACCAGCCCAGUUUUCCCCCAGGAUGCCCUACAAUCCAUGGGGCCCCAAGGCACUAUGCCUGCCAAGGGAGUCAAGAGUGUACAGGAAGCCGAGCGGAAGCCCACUGCUGUGCCCUCAGGCAGAGCUCUGACUGGCACAGUCUACCCACCCCCAGUUGUAGACGGGCAUGGGAGCUGUGCGGUACGGUACUACUGGGGUGUGCCGUUCUGCCCUCGUGGCCUGGACCCAGACAACUACACACGUGCCAUCCUCACCCAGCUGGAGGUGUAUGAGAAAAGCCUGAAGGAGGCCCGCAGGGGACUCCUCCGCAAGGCCGCAUGGGGAGACCCUGUGCUCCCCGGACCUGCAGAGGUGCCCCCUUGCAGGAGGGGUCGUCCAAAACGUUUCCGUGCCCUGCGGCAGCUACCGGAUGAGGAUGAGGACGAUGGGGAGGAUGAAGAUGAGGAGGAAAAUGAAGACACGACGACUUCAGAGCUUGUGGAGGUUGUGGAAGUGCAGGAGAGCACAGGGUCUCCACAGGUCUCCAAGAUAAGUGAACAGAAAAUGGGAGAGACACAAGACGACGAUGCCCUGAGAGUGCCAUCUCCGCUGUCAAAACGGGAGAAUUUCCCAAUGGUGAGAAAGCCAGACUUCUCAGAGAAUCUCAUACUUCUAAGGAAGGGGUACCUCAGAUGCAGAGGUUCAGCAGUAACAGAGACUCAAGAGAUUCGGGAUGAAGAGGAGGACCUUUGUCCAGAGACAGAGCUGAGUGACGAAAACACACCGGAGCUGAUGGUGCAGAGCCCAGAACAGAGCAAGGUGAAAGCAGCAGAGCCAGAGUGCACAGACCUCCUGGACGAGCAGCAGGUGGGGAGCGGGCCAGCUCAGGAGGCUGGCAGUGAGCAGACAUUGCAGCAGCAGCAGGAGCAGGAGGAGCAUGUGGACACUGGUACCGAGGAAGUGCACGGCAAUCCAGAGGUCAUGGAGUGCCCCAUCUGCAUGCAUGCCUUCCCUUUGGAGCAGAUUGAGAUGCACGCCGCCUACUGUGACGGGUCCCCCGAAGACCUGCCCCUGGUGGAGGAGCUCAGCACCCAGGUCAGGAGUCAGAGAAGAAGCAGUCGAAGGGUAGAAGUCCUUGAUGAUAAUCAGCCCACCUCCUCGUCUUCUGGCAAGACACAGAAGAAAGAGAGGUGCUACAUCUGCAGGGGCACAUUCCCCAUCAGUGAAUACGAGCGACACGUGGACGACUGUCUCUGUCACAGAACAUCUGCUGCCAACAAGGGUGCAAAAAAUCUCUUGGUUGCCUUGGAUCAGUCAGAACAGAAAGGAUCUGCUGGACCAUCGGAUUCAAGAUGGAGGAAAAGAGGAAACAGUUCCUGUAGCCCUGUUGACGGAUCAGAGGCCAGCGAGGAGGCACCAACCACUGCCUUCCAGGUCAGAACUUCUCCUAUCAGGGCCUUCACUCCAAUCUCCGAGAUCACCGACUGCCUCAUCGACUUCAAGAACCAAUACACAGCCAAGCCAAGCCAAAGAAGAGGUCGGAGGAAAAAGUUCAAAUGAUAGACUUUGUCUCAAUUUUUUUUUUUCUAAAAACUUCAUUUUUCUUUGUUGGAACUGUUUUGUUUGCUACAUGUAGGGGAAAAGUUAUUAAAUACAGAUACUGUAUUCAAGUUCCUACAAAAGAUUGUAAGGCAUCAAACUACAAUACAUUUUUGCCAUGACCUUUUCAAAGUUUUUGAACUCCUUAUUUUGAAAUAGCAUUAAGCUUUUGCUCUCCUGACACUACAGAUGUGUACAGUACCACAGUAAAGUGCAUUUAACUACCACAGAAUAAUAUUUCCAAAAGUUGGUGGUGACAAAAAAAUUUGGAACUGCAUUUCCAUUAAACUGCACAAGCAGAUAUUUACAGUGAUGUUUCCUCUUAAAAAAUUUGAAGUAUAUGUAUAAAAAUUGUGUACUUUACUGUUUAAGGUAAAAUCUCAUUCAUUUCUUAUGAAGCCAGUAAAGCUGUGUUUAUCAAAUUUAAUAAAAAAAAAAAAAAAAAAAAAAA